GAGGACACGACAAUGCACACGCAGCUCUGGCUGAUAACUGUAGGCUCAAUGAAAUCACUCUGAAUAAAGAUCAUUUACAUUAACGGAGAAAUCAUCAACUUAAUUUUACAAACAAAACUUAGACGUAAACUUAAUAAGCUCGACUGAGUAAAGAUGCUCACAGACAUGAUAGACGGAGAGUUUGAUAUGAAAGAAGAGGAACCAUGGUAUGAUCAGCAGGAUCUGGAACAUGAUCUUCAUUUGGCCGCUGAAUUGGGCAAAAAUUUACUAGAACAAAACAGAGAAUUAGAAGAGACAAUCCAGCAGAUGUACAUCACCAACCAGGAGCAGAUGCAGGGGAUAGAGUAUCUGUCCAAGCAGGUGGAUCUGCUGCGGUCGGUCAAUGAUCAACAUGCUAAACUCAACGAGCAGCUGGACGUCAAUUCACAAGAGCUGGAGCUGAAAAACCAGAAGCUGACCCAGGAGAACCGAGCCGCGCAGAUGAAGAUCCAAGGACUCACAGAAACAGUGGACGGUCUGCAGACUCAUGUGGAGGAGCUCCAGACUGACCUGCAGAAGAUGAAGCAGAUUUCUGAAGAACACAAGCUCUGCAGAGCCUUCAGAGAUGAUCAGAGGGAGAAAUGUGCUUCACACAGGAGCUGUGUCUCUCAGGAGUGCUGGGUCUGCAGCCGGCGGUGCUCUGAGCCGCAGGAGCAGCGGGAGGAUCUGCGGCGCUCUCUGCAUGCGCUGCAGGCUCAGCUGCGCUCUGAGUGCGCUCUCAGAGAGUCUGCCGAGCUGCGGGUGGAGGAUCUGACGCUGCAGAUCCGCCUGCUGGAGCCCAGAGCUGCACUGAUGGAGGAGUAUGGGGAGCGGCUGCAGGAGGCGCAGGCUGAAGCCCAGGAGCUGCGGCUGCACUCUAGCACACGCACACUGGAGGAGGAGGAGGGCGGGGCCUGGGAGAGGGGGCAGAGUCUGCAUCAGGACACAUCUCUGCUGGAGAAGGAGGAGGGCGUGGCUUGGCAGAGGGAGCUGAGUCUGCAUGAGCAGAUGUCUGUGCUGGAUGAUGAAGUGGGUGCGAUUAGACUGACGGGGCGGAGACUACCAAUACCGUAUGAGCAAGUGGGUGUGGUUGCGCAGAGGGGGUGGAGCCUACCGCUGAUAGAUGAUGAAGUGGGUGUGGUUGGAAAGAGGAGGCGGAGACUGCAUCAGGACAUGUCUCUGCUGGAUGAUGAAGUGGGUGUGGGUGGGCAGAGGAGGUGGAGCCUACCACUGAUAGAUGAUGAAGUGGGUGUGGUCGGACAGAGGGGGUGGGGUCUGCAUCAGGGCAUGUCUCUGCUGGAUGAUGAAGUGGGUGUGGUUGGGAAGAGGGAGCCAGCACUACCAAUGCCGGAUGAUAAAGUGGGUGUGUUCAAACAGAAGGGGCGGAGCUUGCACAAAAGCAUAUCUAAGCUGGAUGAUGAAGUGUGUGUGGUCGAACAGAAGGGGCGGAGCAUGCACAAGGGCACGCCUAUCCUGGAUGAUGAAGUGGGUGUGGUAGAUCAAAGGGGGUGGAGUCUACAGCAUCAGGGCGUGUCUUUAUUGGAUGCUGAAGUGGGUGUGGUGGGUCAGAACCUGCAUCAGAGUGCGUGUCUAUUGGAUGAAGAAGGGGAUGUGGCUGGUCAGAAUGGGCGGAGCUUGCAGCAUCAAGGCGCACCUCUGCUGGAUGAUGGAGUGGGCGUGGUUACCCAGAGAGGAGGUGGCCUUUAUCAGGGUGUGUAUCCGGAUGAAGUGAAUGUGGCAGGCCAGAGUGGGUGGAGCCUGCAGCAUCAGGGAGAGUCUGUUCAUGAUAAUGAAGCACGUGUGAUCAGCCUGAGGGGGCGGAGCCUACAUAAUGGAACGUCUCUGCUGGACGAUGCAGCGAGUGUGGUCAGACACAAAGGGCGGAGCCUACAUAAUGGAACGUCUCUGCUGGAUGGUGGAGUGGGUGUGGUCAGACACAGAGGGCGGGGCCUGCAGCAUCAGGGAGAAUCUCUUCAUGAUAAUGAAGCACGUGUGGUCAGCCCGAGGGGGCGGAGCCUACACAAUGGAACGUCUCUGCUGCAUGAUCCAGCGAGUGUGGUCAGACACAGAGGGCGGGGCCUGCAGCAUCAGGGCGUGUCUCUGCUGAGUGAGGUGGAUGCGCAGUACGUCGCCCUGCAGGAGAAGUACGAUGCACUGCUGCGCCGCUGCCAGAACGACACGCCGACACACAACCAGAACACUGUACAAACACACACACACGACCAACACACACACUCCACACACAACCAGCAGCCUGGGUACAAAGCCCUGUUUCAGGAGAUUUUCACCUUCAUACAGAAGAGCAAGGAGGACCUGAAGGAGAACAGGAUCAAGCCCGAUCAGGCUGACUGACAAUAGAAACCAGUGAAUUGAUCACGUUAAUUUAAAGUAGACAGACUGAUUUGUUUUCUUAUUUAUUCUUGUUUUAUUUAAUUUACUUCCAAUAGUUUGAGACUUUACAGUAUUGUUAUAUAUUAACAUUGUAUUUAAAUAGUAACAGGGCUGCAUGGUGGAGCAGCAAGCCUCACAGCAAGAAGGUUGCUGGUUUGAGCCUUGGCUGAGCUAGUUGGCAUUUCUGUGUGGAGUUUGCAUGUUCUCCCCAUGUUGGCGUGGGUUUCCUCUGGGUGCUCCGGUUUCCCCCACAAGUCCAAACACACAUAGUGUAUGUGUGUGAAUGAGUGUGUUUGGAUGUUUCCCAGUAUUGGGUUGCAGUUGAAAGGGCAUCCGCUGUGUAAAACAUAUGCUGGAUAAGUUGGCGGUUCAUUCCGCUGUGGCAACCCCAGAUUAAUAAAGGGACUAAGCGGAAAAGAAAAUGAAUAAAUGAAAUAGUAAUCUGGUAACUGUAUAUUUUGUAAAUGUUUGUAAAGCUAAAAGUGCUUCUGAAAUGUAAACUAAAAUAAAGAAUUUAUUAC